CAUAAUCACAACAACACCACAACAUCCUCACCAUGUCCACAACAGCCCUAACCCUCGCCCUCCUCACCUCCGCCGGCGGCACGAUCGGCUACCUGCGCACGGGCUCGGUGCCCUCGAUCGCGGCGGGCCUGACCGUCGGGUUUCUGUAUCUGGUGAGCGGGCUGCGGCUGCGCGCGGCGCAGCCCUACGGCGCGGAGCUGGCGCUGCUGGCCUCGGUGAUCCUGUCGGGCAGCUCGAUCCCGCGCGCGAUCCGCACCGGCGGGAAGCCCGUGCCCACGGUGUUGAGUCUCGUGGCCGUUUAUGGGUUGUGGGUGUUUGGGGGGUUGGUCUUUGGCGGGAAAUAGAUUCUUCUUGGGGAUUUGCCCGGGGGGUUUGGUUUUAAACCGAUGAGAGAGAAGCAAUGUCAGUCGGUUUGUUGAUUGGUUUUUUUUUAUCUUAUCUUGAUUCGGGAUGGGGACCCCCGGGGGGGGGGCUGGUGCUUGUUUGUAAGCUGGCUGGGGAUGGGCUCUUCAUGAAUGCAUUACUGGUUGGUACUCACUCGGUUAUGGCUCAUCUUUGGGGCGAGGUGUACGGUUGAG